CUUAUCGAGCCGAUUUCACUGUGACUCAGGGAAGACAGCUGUUCAUUCGAGCCGUGUUGUUUUUAUCCUGAGCUAACUCUCGUAAAGAAACCUAUUUUAAACUUCUUUGUCAAAAUGUCUUCUGACUUUGAAACCUACGAGCAGGACUUUGGGACCAUCACAGCAGAUGUAACAAACAAGAUUGGCAGAAUUCCCAAGCUAAAUGGAGAGGAGAAGACACAGCUGGUUCUAAAUGUCGACAAACAGCUUGAAGAAGUCAGAGAGUUGCUGGAGCAGAUGGACUUGGAGGUGCGGGAGAUCCCAGUUCAGAGCAGAGCCAUGUACAACAGCAGACUGAAGAGCUACAAGCAGGAGAUGGACAAACUGGAAAAAGACUUUAAAAGGUCACGUAUCGCCUAUAGUGACGAAGUGCGCAACGAGCUCCUGGGGGAAGAUGCCGGAUCUUCGGAGAAUCAGAGAGCGCAUCUGUUGGACAACACAGAACGGCUGGAAAGGUCAUCGCGGAGACUGGAGGCCGGCUACCAGAUAGCGGUGGAAACGGAACAAGUGGGUCAGGAGAUCUUGUCCAACCUGCACAGCGACCGUGAGAAGAUCCAGAGAGCCAGGGAGAGGCUGAGAGAAACCGAUGCGAACCUGGGGAAGAGUUCUCGUAUCCUGACGGGCAUGCUCAGAAGGAUCAUCCAGAACAGAGUCUUGGUCUUCAUCCUGGGCGCCAUCAUCCUCCUCGUCAUCAUCCUGGCUAUUUAUUUCAAUAUGAGAGCCCACUGAUCGCCCCUCUCUCUCUUUCACACACUCGCGCACACACACACACACACACGCACACACACUCCACCCCCAUCCCCUUAUACAAAUACAAAACACAUAAAGUGAUUAAUAGCGACAAACGCGUUGUUCGGCUGUAAUUAGGACAAAUGUUCCCCAUGAAUCACAGUUUCCAAACGCUGUCAGGGAGCCCCUUUUUCCAAUCCGCGUUUUCUUUUUGCUGUUCCUUUAUCCUUUCUUCCCAUUUUCUCUCAACUCUUUCACUUUUUGUUCUCCGUCAGACUCUCAGAGGACUCGCUUUUUUUUUUUUUAAUACUAAAUAUUUUUCAUGGUGUUGUCUUUAGUGCGCUUUUGUGUCCCUCGGCACUCGCCGCUAGGGAGAGAUUUUGUAACAAGCGUUUUCAAAUGUAUAGAUUUUUUUUCCCCCCACAUUUUGCUCCCCGAUGGGUCCGGCGUUAGGACAGACGGAGAAAGGCUGGGGCUGAAGUCUUUUGCACAUGUAUGUAAGUGUAGCAGUAGGACAUAAAACAAAAUGAUUCAGCUGUUUUCAUGGAGAUCCCGACGCAGAGCUGAGGAGAGUGCCUUUAGGUGAGACAUGUUAUUAAAAACAGACAGGAGUAGACACUGACACACGCAAACAGAGCAAGUGGAGACGAGCUAGUGAGCGAUUUUAAUAGAUCGAGUUCUCUCCGUGUAACUGGUAAAACUUAAACUGCAUCAUCAUCCUCUUUAGUUGAGUUGGUACCACUUUAUAAUAACUAUCCUUUUAAUUAUCCUUAAUAAUGAUCUUGUUAUGUCAGACCAAAGCUGGCACACAAUCAGACAGCAGUAACGUAGAAAGCAUCUAGUGGCGAUAUGUGAGAAUGCAACGGGAGCGGGUCGGCCAAACAGAUUACACAUGGUAGCUUUAAUUCAUAAUAUUUGUUCCUUAUGACUUAAGUCUUUCUUACUGCUUUAUUAAGGCUAAUUAAAGUGUAGUUAUAAUAAUGUCAAUACUCAAAACAGGAACGUUUUUUUGCUACAAUUCUUAAGCGUUAUUAUUACUUUUAGGGGGGUUGUUCUGGUAUCGGGGAGGUUCAAAAUUGCAACUACGAAUUGAAAAUACAAAGUACACACAGCAUAUUUUGACACAGACCACAACACACUAACAUGGACUUAUUUUCUCACUGUAAAGACAUUUUAACCUCUUACUGUAUGUAUAGUGUCUCAUAGCAGUGCUUCUGUUGAUAUUUAUUUAUGAACAAGUUUAUGAAAUUUCCAUUCAAGUCUCUGUAAUUAGAUCUGUACAUUUAUCAAACCUUUUACUAAUGUUUUUGACGCUGACUGUAACAGGACCAAAUGCAAACGUGAUUUUUGUUUCUCUUCGUUUUUUUUGUUUUUUUUUUCAUUCUUAAAUUGAGCUUUUAAACAUGUACUUUUCAGUUGUCGUAUGUAAAUUUGCUGACUCUGUGACGCGGUUGUAGGUGUUAAAAAAAAUGAAAUCUAUACUACUGUU